UCUGGGGCGGGGCCAACGGGGCGAGGUCACGUCUGUGGCGGCGGGGUCGCGGUGCGGCGCGGCGAAGAUGGCGGCCUCCGUGCGGUCGCGCGCGGCCCUGCUCCUGCUCUGCACGUCUGACUUGCUGCUGCUGCUGCUGCUGCUGCCGCCGCCUCCCGGGGCCCUCGCGGCGGAAGGCCCGGCAGGGACGGCGGGCGAGGCGACCCCACCGCCGCGGAAGAAGAAGGACAUUCGCGACUAUAACGACGCGGACAUGGCGCGUCUCCUGGAGCAGUGGGAGAAGGAUGAUGACAUUGAGGAAGGUGACCUCCCCGAGCACAAGCGCCCUGCUGCUCCCAUAGACUUCUCCCAGAUCGACCCCGGCAAGCCUGAGAGCAUCCUGAAGAUGACCAAGAAGGGGAAGACGCUCAUGAUGUUCGUCACCGUGUCUGGGAACCCCACGGAGAAGGAGACAGAGGAGAUCACCAGCCUCUGGCAGGGCAGCCUGUUCAAUGCCAACUACGAUGUGCAGAGGUUCAUCGUGGGCGCGGACCGAGCCAUCUUCAUGCUCCGAGACGGCAGCUACGCCUGGGAGAUCAAGGACUUCCUGGUGGGGCAGGACCGCUGCGCCGACGUGACUCUGGAGGGACAGGUGUACCCUGGCAAGGGCGGAGGUGGCCGGGAGAAGAACAACACCAAGCCAGCCAAGGGCAAGAAGAAGGCCGGCACGCCAGCCCCGCAGGCCGAGGGCCGCACGGGCAGCACAAGGGAGGACCUGUGAUCGGUGGCAGGCCGUGUGCCUCACUGUCUACUGGACCGUCAGGGCCCCUCGGAGUGUUGGGCCGCGGGGCACCCUUCCGUGUUCCACCAGCCUUCUUACGGGCUCUGAAAUGAGGGUUCAGCCAGGACACGGGUGUGUGCACCCCCAUUUGCAGAAAGGGUGAGAACAGAGGAACCUCUGGGUGCAUAUGCGCCCUCAGUCCUGCCUGCGCUUCCCUGAGGACAGUAGGACCUGGAGAACGGGAUCGGCUUCCCUGGAGCCCUCUGUACCAGCCCUUGGCUCUCUGAGAAACUUGUGUGUCUUUUACACAUUAAACCUGUGCGGACCAGUGGGA